UGGAGCAGGAAUAUGAGGCUAACGGCACUCUCACAACCGAAACGCGACAAGUUCUCACCUCUAUAGUUGCAUCAGAAAUGGUUAGGAGAUAUUCAUACUACCCUGCCAGAGAAGACAAGAUUCUCGUCGCAAAGAGUGUCAUAGAUGCUUUUCCCAACCUGAAAUCCAACACAAAAUGGCCUUAUGAUCUGUGGUUUGACCCCAAUGAUGCCACAAAGGGGUACCUUGCUACGAAGCUCAAUACAAUGAGGAGGAGUUUACCUCCAGAUCAGUUGCAGCGUCCACGCACCAAGACGGACCAAAAACCACAGAAGACACCGCAGAAGGCAGGGAAUUCCAAGUCCAAGACACCAAAGCGCACCCAUGCACAUCUAGAGGAAAUUCCUCAAGUGGAGGAGGAAGAGUUGAUUCUUUUUUGCAAAAGAGCUAGUAUUGACAACAGAAAGCAAAUUCUUCAAGCCAUGGAACAGUCCUUUCAGAACAGGAGGAAUUGGAUUAUGGAGGAAUAUCCAACAGUCGGAGAGAUCCUCGCUCGAUACCCUCGAUUCCAAGAUUUCCCAACUGCGUUGCAGCAGGAAUUCCAUCUCUUAUUUCCUGAUGCAGCAGCUAGACUCAUUUCAACCUGGGAAACGCGGUUUUCCCCAUUCAUCCUGAAAGUAGGAGAAUUAUCCAGACUUCCUAAACUCCAAACACUGAUGGAUGAGAACAAGAAGACCAAGGAUGCACACAAUGGAACACCUGAUGCCCUGUUUGCUUACAAAGUACUGAUAUACCUUCUCCCAUCACACGCAGGGAAGAAAUCUUCAAUUUCAGAUGCUCUCUCAUACUUCAUGGUCACAAGACCGAACGGAACCGCUGUGGCGAGUUUUCUCGUUGAGAAAACGGAUCAAAAGAGAACCCAGCCGUACCUGCUUCGCAUAGGAGAUGGCUUCACAUCCCCGUCGACUUUCUUCAUCAUUGUUGAUGGGAAAGCCGUACCCUGCGAGAGUGAUGCUACUCAAGCAGUUGAUGCUCUAUUCAAGAGCCACUACAUUUUUAACAUUGAGUAUGCAGAUGAGCUGAAGGGAUUCUAUGCAUUCUUAGAGCACUUCGUGUAUGGAAUCGGGGUUUCUACUGAUCACAUUCCUGUCCGUGCACGUGAACUUAUGGCAAGCAUAACAGCAUUGGCUCGCACCCAAAGCCAUUAAUCAUUUCCAACUUCAACUGGAAGAACUGGACAUCGGUUUUCUUGCCUAUGUAUGGAGAAUCAUUACAUUUCAAAGUAAACCUUUCCCUAUUCGCAACCAUUUUUUAAUACAGGUAGUUCCUAGUCAAUGCAUCUGGGAGAGUAUUCCGUAUUCUAUCCUUGGAUUUAGUUGACGAAUACAGUAUGUAUCAAAUUAGGGCUUAUUUUAGGCCUGUAUGGUGUGAAAGUCUCAACAUGCUUUUGAUAUGGCUGUCAAUAGUUCCAUGGUAUAGAUCAUUCUAGUUUUUGAUUCAUGUGAAAAUGUCAGCAUACAUGGAUUUAUUCUGUUAAAUUUGUCUCGUAGUUCUGAAUACAUACACACCUGUAUAACAUUUGUCUGAAUUGUGUGUAAGUGGGGAAUCUUUAUCAUUGGAACCUGUGUAGUAUAGCAGUGUUUUAUACAUACAUGAAUAUUUGAUUCAACUGAUGACUGUAUAAUGUUUGGGUACAUCAGAUAAUAUUAUUCAUUGUGAAAUCCUGGGGACAUGCACAAUGAGCCAUUCCAACACCCUUUAUUAGUAGCUUUUUCUCAUAUUUAUCUUUUUAAGAAUUAAAGUAAUUUCUUGUCAGUGUGAAUUCCCCUUUAAGCAGUAGAUAACUGAGACUAUGGUAUGUAUUGUUGAAAUCUGUAUGUAUACAGUAUAUAAUUCCAUGUUCAGAACUUUUCUAUCUAGUUUCCAGAAAUGUAAAUUUUAUGACAUCUGCAACAGCUUAUACACAUUUUUAUUGGAUGCUUUUUUUUUUUUUUGCUUUAGUAAUUUCCCCCAUGGUUUCCCAUUCUCUCCAUUCCUUCACUCAGUCUUCUAGGAAGCAGAGUGGGUGGUU